AUGAGCAAAUCCAAGAACAAAAGUGAGAACAAGACGGAAAAGCAGCUUGCAGCGGAGAAGGAGCAGUUUGGAAAACAACAGUUGCAAUACAUAAGCAAAUGUCUCACCUCGGCUGAAGCGCCACCCAAAUCCAAAUAUGUGCGCAACAUCCUCCUGGGCAGUCACAAGGAGGGCGGCGCGUCCACCAUGUGGUCGUACAUCCUCAACCUGCCGCUGUCCAGCAACGCCAUCAUCAGCUGGAAGUUCUGCUACCUGCUGCACAAAGUGCUGAGAGACGGACAUCGCAACGCUGUGAGGGACUCGCACAGAUACUGCCAUAAUGUGAAAGACAUGGGUGCCUUGUGGGGAAACCUGCACGAUCGCUACGGCCACAUCGUGGCCUUGUCGGCCAAAUACCUGUGCAUCAAGAUGGAGUUUCAUAACCGGCACAAAUCCAUUCCCAGCAACAUGGAGGCUUCUGACGAGACUUUGGAGCGCGAAGCUGGAAACGACAUGAACAGAGUGCUGGAUAUGACCCAAGAACUGUUGGAAUACCUGGAUGCUGGACUAAAAAUGGCCGAUACUGUUCUUCGACAAGUGGAAACCAACGGAGCCAAACCCAACACGCCGGCGGGCCAGUGUCGCCUCAUGCCACUCAUCCCGCUCAUUCCAGACUGCAGUUUCCUAUACCACUUUUGCGUCCGCUUGCUCUUCAAACUGCAUAGCCGCAUUGCGGCAGAUGUUCUACUCGGCCACAGAGAGAGAUUCCGGGAACUCUUCAACAGCCUCAAGCAGUUCUUCAACAAAGCCAGAGAGAUUGAGUUCUUCAAAACUAUCAUCCAGAUUCCAGAGCUCCCAGAUGCUCCCCCCAAUUUUCUGCGUGCGGCCGCCUUGGCCGAAUACAAGAGGCCGGUGGUGGUCAUUCAAAAUGAGGAGCGCUUUGACGAGGAGGAGCCUGAACCGCAAACAGAUGUACGGGACUCGCAGCAGUAUUACCUGCUGAGCCAGAUGGGCAUGCCUGAAGUGGACCAAAGGGAGCAGUACAAUGAGAACGAGAGCCUAAAGAGAGAACUGGAUGUCCUGAAACCAGAACUUGAACUCAUUAAAUCUGAGGCUCAGCGCUGCGUGACGGAGCUGCGGGCUCAAGUGAACUACCUGGAGGCCGAGGUCGAGGAACAUCGCACCCACAAGCAGAUGGCGCAGGCGGAGAACGAGCACCUGCGCAUGGAGGUGGAGGCCUUGCGCUGCGCCAACGUGGCCAACGUGGGCGCUCAAAUCGGAUUCAAGGAGGCCGACGGUCGCGCGCAGGCGGCUGAACUUCGAUUCACUCAACUCAAAGAAAAACACGCUGAGCUGGUGACCAGUCACGCUGACCUCAUGAAGAAGAACGCUGAUACCACCAAACAGCUGGCACACACCAAACAAGACCAGGACGACAUAUAUCGGAGCAAGCAGAUGUUGGAGAGGGAGUUGGAGAACCUGCGUCGGGAGAUGAGCAACUUGGUGCACCAGAGACAGAACGAGACGGACCGGCUGAAUAAAGAACUCCUUGAGCAAAGAGCCGAGUUGGCGCUUCUUCGCAACAGCCUGCAGAGCAAGGAGAUGGAAGGCUCCCAGGCGAGCAGCAGCCUGGCAGCUCUUCAGGCCGAGCGAGACACCUUGCUGCGCUCGGCUCGGGACCGCGACGGUGACCUGGCUUCCCUUAGGCAGCAGCAAAGCACGGCUGACAUGGAGAGGGAUCGCCUGAGUCGGGAGUUGGAGGCGCUCAGGGCUCAACUGCAGCAACAGCUGAACAUCAACGCCCAGCAAAAGUUGGAAAUCGACCAACUGCGCCGUGAGCUGGAUGCCGCCCGGGCCGAGCUGACGCGCGUCAACAACAGCCUGCAGAGUAAAGAGCUGAGCGGCUCUCAGCUGAGUAGCACCGUAGCGGGUCUCCAGGCGGAAAGGGAAGCCCUGCUGCGUUCGGUGCGGGAACAGGAGGCCGAGCUUGGUUCGCUCCGGCAGCAGGCGCAGCUGCAGCAGAGCUCUCUGGAACAGGAACGCCAGCGAAGCAGCAUGGAGCUCGGAACCCUGCACGCGCAGCUACAGCAGCAGGUCAAUCGUGAAGGCGAGCUGGCUCAUAAGCUACAGGAGGAGCAGUUCUGCCUGCUGCAGUGCGCAGUGGUGGAGGCGGAGGGCAUCAUCUUGGACGCUGUGGCCAAACUGGAUGACCCCAUCCACGUGCGCUGCGUCUGCUCGCCAGAUUAUUUGGUGAACCGGGCCGAGACCACUUUGGCAUCGGUGGACAAAAUGCAGCAGAGUCAUGUCAUUUAUCUAUCAAACAGGAAUGAUGCCAGCGGCCUGCUUCGGGCGGUCACUCAGUUUUCCCACUUGGCCGCCGAUACCAUCGUGAACGGCGGCGCCACGUCACAUUCGGCCCCCACCGACCAGGCCGACCGUUUGACGGACAACUGUCGGGACUGCGCCAAUAGCUGCCUUCAGUUCUUGAAGGACUUGAAGCUGCAGGCCACCUUGCAGAGAGCCGACUCCAACGCCAUACGAUACGCCAUUCAGCGCAUCCUCGCCAUGGGACAGGAGCUGCGUCCUAAAGGGCAGGAUGUUCUCAAGGAGGAACUAGGAAACUUGGUGGACAAAGAGAUGAUUGCAACCUCCACCGCCAUCGAGGAAGCCGUGCUACGGAUGGAUGAGAUCUUGUCCCAGGCCAGAAGGGACACAAGUGGUCUGAAGCUGGAAGUCAACCAGAGCAUCCUGGGCUCCUGCUCUGACCUCAUGAAGGCCGUUCACAUGCUGGUCACCGCCUCGACAGAUCUUCAGAAAGACAUCGUGGAAGGAGGGAGGGGCGCAGCUUCUGUCACAGAAUUCUACGCCAAAAACUCUCGCUGGACGGAGGGACUGAUCUCUGCCUCCAAGGCGGUGGGCUGGGGCGCCACACAGCUGCUUGAGUCGGCCGACCGCGUGGUGGGCGAAAACGGGAGGUACGAAGAGCUGAUAGCGUGCUCCCACGAGAUCGCCGCCAGCACCGCCCAACUGGUCGCCGCCUCCAAGGUGAAGGCGGAACGUGGCAACAGGAAGCUGAGCACACUUCAGCAGGCCUCGCGGCACGUCAACGACAUGGCUGCCGUGGUGGUGACCUCCACCAAGCACGGACAGAUGCAAAUCUCGGAACAAGGAGCGAUGGAUUUUUCCGGAAUGUCGCUCAUCAAGCUGAAAAAAGAGGAAAUGGAGGCUCAGGUGCGGGUGCUGCAACUGGAAAGUCAGCUGGAUCAGGAGCGCGUCCGCCUGGGCGAGCUGAGGAAGCGCCACUACGACAUGCAGGAAGGCGGCAACAUGCCGGACGGCGAUGAGAGUUUUCCCCCGCCUCCACCGCCCACUUUAUUGGACGCCGGCUCCUUCCCGCCGCCACCGCCUCCGCCCGAGCCUGUCGCUCUCCCCGCCUUUGUGUCCACCAACCCCUUCGCGCCUGCCCCAUCCCAAUCCUACUCGCUGCCUCAGUCCUACACGCCUUCCCAACCCUAUGUGCCGUCACAGUCCUACUCGCCAUCACAGACCUACACGUCGUCUCAACCUUACGCGUCGUCUCAACCUUAUGCGUCGUCUCAGCCUUACCAAGCGUCCACCCCGAUCCCCAGCCAAAAUUAUCUGCAAAGCCAUUCCUACUCGAGCCCGCAAGCCUCCACGAAAACCCCCAACCCUCCCCAGCCUUCCUCGCAGUCCCAUAGCACUGAGUCCAAGACGAUAGACUUCGGAAAGCUCAGCUUCAGGAAACCGGGCAUCUUCUCAAAAUCCGGAAACCUGUUUAAGAACGCGUUCAAACGAGGGGAAACAGGAAGCGGGGCCGGGGAGUCCUGA